AUGAACAUCCUUCAAUCUUUCGAAACCCUGGUGCUGGGAAUGUCACUGAUGAUUGCAACAAGUUUAGAAAAUAUAAACAGUCCUGAGGAAAAAAUGCAGACAUGCCCUCUCAUUCACUGUGCUGUUCCUGGGAUCAGUGGUUUACCAAGCAGAGAUGGAAGAGAUGGCCCAAAAGGAAAAAAGGGAGACAAAGGAGAAGGAUUAAGAGGCCUACAGGGUUACCCUGGAAAAGCAGGACCUCCAGGAAUAAAAGGAGACUGAGGACCAAAAGGUGAGAAGGGGGAGCGUGGGGAACGCGCUCUGCUAAUGACUUGGGGAAAGAGGGGAGAGCCUGGACAAAGAGGACUACCUGCUUCUUUUGACACUGAAUUACAUAGUAUCUUAAGUACCUUAAGACAUCACAUUGCUGCACUUGAAGGAGUCCUUGCCUUGGAAGGGACAAUUACAAGAGUGGGAGAAAAAAUGCUCGCUACCAAUGGAAAAGAAGUUGAUUUUGCAACCACAUUAGAUGUGUGUGAACGAGCCGGUGGCUCUGUUGCAGCUCCCAGGAAUGAAGAGGAGAACAAUGCUAUUCUAAGUAUUGUGAAACGAUUUAACAGAUAUGCUUACCUGGGCAUAAAAGAAACACCAAUCCCAGGUGAAUUCAGUUAUAUGGAUGAGACACCCCUGAAUUAUACAAAAUGGCAUCCAAGUGAGCCCAGUGGCAAAGGAGCAGAAAAAUGUGUAGAGAUGUACACUGAUGGGGGUUGGAAUGACAAGAAAUGUAAUUAUUAUCGCCUCACAAUUUGUGAAUUUUAAGCUGUAAAUGGGCAUGUUUAUACGUUCAUUAAUGUGCAGUAGUUACUGUGCAUUUAAUUUAGUAUUUCCUUACUGAAGUACUAACUAAAUGUGCAGUAACUUGUGCUACUGCACAGUAGUGCUGGCACACAGUUUUGUGUGUCACUUUUUGAGCAGUAGCCUAAUAACACUGUGCAGUAGCGUAUUAGCAUGGUUUUUGACCAGCAUGCUACUGCACAGUGUUAUUAGGCUACUGCUCAGUAAGCAUGUUGUGUAGAUGCACCCACUGUCUCAAUUAUUUGUGAGUGGGGAGGCCAUGUACUACACCCAUAUUUACCCAUAUAUAAUUUCUAUGAUUAGUCUAUAUGAAGAAAAUAAAAUCAGUAAAAUCAAGCUAUGAUAUUUUCCUUUCUAAUAGUUAUUAGGGAAGUAGUAGUUACAAAGGGUGAUUGCCUUUAACACUGUGUCCAGUUCGAGAGGGUUCCUUGUAAACAUUCUGCUGUGGCUUGCCAGGCCGGAGGAAGAACCACGUGAGGAGUCUGGGGUUCACUCAGUCCAUGUGAGGAAUCUGUAGGUUUGUUGUAGCAACAUGCCUGGAUAUGCAGCAAUAUCAUGCCAGAGGAACAGAUCUUAUGCUUGGAAAGUCAGUACUGGGAGGGGUGAGUGGGGCUUCAGCCUCAGGUACCUACUUAGAGGGUAUGGUCCUCUUCCCCCAGGAAUCAUAAGACAAGGUAUCUAAUGAGAGUUCAACAGUUCACCAUGUUUUGUGUCUAUCAUGUUCAACUACAUUUUUUCACUUUAUCAUCUCCCAUCAGUAAUAUUUAAAAAAAACAACAAACCAAAAACUCUGUAUAUUCUAUUACCAUGUGUUGGGGAUAUGUUUACUACUCUAAAAGGAAUGUGUAGAACAUUAUACAAUUAACAAGUAUACAAGGUGCGUAGUUGCUUCUCAUAUUAACAAUAUAUAAUAGUUUCUGACAUGUCGCCUCAUAUUUAAAAUCACAAUACAAACUUAGAACUUAGAUUAAAUGGACCCUGAGUGUCUUUCUAUUUUACUUCCUU